AAAACAAUCAUUCGUCUAUCAUAUUUUCACUUAUAAAGUUACACAUACAUAAUGGACGUGGUUUAUGCAGAGAUAGAGAUCACCUCUUCACUUUCAGCUCCUAAAGUUUUCAAAGUCUACACUGACUUUGACAUCAUUGCCCCUAAGAUCAAUCCCGAAUCUUACAAAACCAUCACCGUUAUCAAAGGUGAUGGUGGAGUUGGAAGCAUCAAGAGCAUGACAUAUAGUGAUGGAACAAGUUCAAAGCACACAAUCGAUGACAUUGACGCAAGCAACUUUAUACUAAGUUGGACGUUCUUUGAAGGAGACGCCUUGAUGGGUAUAAUAAACACAGCUACUCACCAUAUGAAGUUCAUACCUUCUCCUAAUGGAGGAUCCGUAUUCAAACAAACAUUUGUAAUUAGGUAUAAAGGUGACGGUAAGCAAAUGGAUGAUGUUAUUAAUAUUACUAAAGAAGCAAUCAAGAAUACUUUCAAGAAGAUGGAGUCUUAUGCUAUUGCCCAUCCUGAAGUUUACUAAUGCUUUCACCUAGAUAAUGGUGAUGUGUUCGACUCUGACAUCAUUGUACUCUAUUUUUGUUUCAUGUAAUAAUGAACAAUAAAAUAUAUUAAGUACGCAUAAUAAAUUUUCUAAUUCACAGACUAA